AUGGCCGACGAAGUCCCAAGAAGAGCGAUGUGGGCCGGACUUCGCUCGCAGCUCGUCAAGCUCACCUCCCAAUUCUUCACGAGCGUCGACGACUAUCUCCGAUUCCGCGCCGUCUGCAAGUCGUGGCGCUGCGCCGUCCCCCACCGGCCCGAUCAUCUCCCCACUCAGCUCCCUUUCCUCCUCCUCGUCUCCACCACCGAACCAAAAAUCGGACCCGCCUACCGCCUCAUUGCCGCCUCCGCCGGUAAUGUUCGUUCGCUGCCUAACACAGCCAAUAUGCUCUGCAUUGGCUCCUCCUUCGGCUGGCUUAUCCUCCUCUCCGAGAAUGACUGUUUGAUCAACCUCUUCAACCCCGUUACCGCCGAGGACAUUCGGCUUCCCCGCCUUGAUGGUCCUACGUUUGCUGAUGUGGUGCCGCCCGGCGAUGAGGUCGUGAUUGUCGUAGAGAAGGCUGUAUUAUCCUCGGAUCCCACGCUCGAUCGGGACUUCGUGGCGGUCGUCUUCAUGCUCGGAGUGAACAUUAGAUGGUUGACGUGGCGCCAUGGUGACGAAUCAUGGACGGCAAACGCGAAUCCUGAUGUGCAACUUUCGUCCGGGAUGCGCGACGUCGUUCCCUACGGCAACCGGAUACUGUGCGCGAUAUACGGCGACAACGACGACUGGGCGGUCCUCCAGGUUGACCCAGGCCCGCCGGCGAGGGCGACGAUUGCCGCAUGGUACGCCAUGCCGUCCUGCGUGCCGCGCACUAAAGGUCUCACCUACUUGGUUGUAUCGGCCGGAGAACUGCUGUUGGCCGCGCCCCAUGACAACGACAACAGGACUGCAAAUGUGAACAUCACCCCCGGAUACCGUGUCUUCAGGCUGGAGCCAGGCGGCAUAAGCAGGCCGGCGGUGGCCGUCGAGGUGGAGGAUAUCCACGACCGUAUAUUGUUCUUGAGCCCAAGCUCGUCCGUGUCCGUCAGCGCUGAGGACUUCUUUGGGUUCCCCGGGAAUUUCAUCUACUUCGUCGGCAAAGAUUGGCGUGAGAAGAGAGAAAAUAGGCGGGUGUGGCUUGUCGUCGUCCAGAGUCUAGAAAGUGGUGAGACCACCGUUGUUGCUGAUUCGAACAUAUCCGAUCAGAGGCCGCUAAGGUGGCGGGGACGGCGGUCCGACGCCGCCCGAUGGGUGACGCCCAAUCUGCGCAGCUACAACCGAUGA